AUGUCUCGAACAUUAAAAUCAGCACUGAGUUUAAAGCAAUUCAUGCUAAGACAGGAAGUUCUGAAACUUUAUAAGGAUAUAUACAGGACAAUUAAUAACAUCCCAGACGAAUCAAGUCGAAAGGAAAUGAAGAAAUGGCUUAGCGAUGAUUUUAGAAAGAAUAAAGACUUGAAAGAUGAAAUAACAAUUAAAAUGAGCAUCCAAGUUGGAAUGAGAAGCUUAAAGGAACUGCAAAACUCUCUCGAAUUAAGUGGUAAUAUUAAAAAUAACAACAAAAAACUUUAA